UUGUCCAUGCCACACCACAAGAUCCCCAUGAUGACAUAGCAGCUUCACACAACAGCCUGACUAGGGCUUUUCUUUCCUUUUUUUUUUUUUCCCCCUGCUGUAACACAGAGGAUCUGGCAGAUUUUUACCUCCUGACACUGUUUACAGCAUAUAUUGGUGGAUACAGUCCCCUGUUGCCUCUGCUCUGGGAAUUAAGGGAAAGCAGCUUCGAGGCAGGAAGCACAGAGGGACAAGACACAUUGCAAAGAUGCCUUUAAGCUCCCUCCCCAUCUUUCUGGUUCUAAUUAGUGGUAUUUUGGGCCAGUAUGACUACGGCCCUGCAGAUGAUUAUGGUUAUGAUCCUUUCGGGCCAUCUGCAGCAGUCUGUGCCCCAGAAUGCAACUGUCCUCUCAGCUACCCUACUGCCAUGUAUUGUGACAACCUGAAGCUGAAAACCAUCCCCAUCGUCCCAAGUGGAAUAAAAUACCUCUAUCUCCGAAACAAUAUGAUUGAGGGCAUCGAGGAGAACGCCUUUGACAACGUUACAGACCUGCAGUGGCUGAUCCUGGAUCACAACCACCUGGAGAAUUCAAAGAUUAAGGGAAGAGUCUUCACCAAGCUAAAGAAUCUGAAGAAACUUCACAUUAACUACAACAAUCUGACCGAAGCUGUGGGACCUCUCCCCAAAACGCUGGACGACCUGCAGCUGAGUCACAACAAGAUCACGAAAGUCAACCCUGGUGCCCUCGAGGGGUUGGUGAAUCUGACUAUCAUCCACCUCCAGAACAACCAGCUGAAAGCAGAUUCGAUUGCUGGAGCCUUCAAAGGCCUGAAUUCACUUCUGUAUCUUGACUUGAGCUUCAAUGGCCUCACAAAGCUGCCAACAGGACUGCCUCACUCCUUGCUCAUGCUGUAUUUUGACAACAACCAGAUCUCCAACAUCCCAGAUGAGUACUUCCAAGGUUUUAAAGCCCUGCAGUAUUUGCGUUUGUCUCACAACAAAUUAACUGAUUCUGGGAUCCCAGGCAAUGUCUUCAACAUCACCUCCCUGGUUGAGUUGGAUCUCUCCUUCAACCAGCUGAAGAGCAUCCCAACUGUCAGUGAGAACCUUGAGAACUUCUACCUCCAAGUCAACAAAAUUAACAAGUUCCCCCUGAGCAGCUUCUGCAAGGUUGUUGGGCCAACGACCUACUCCAAGAUCACACACCUGCGCCUGGACGGAAACAACCUCACUCGAGCUGACCUGCCCCAGGAGAUGUACAACUGCCUUCGGGUGGCUGCUGAGAUUUCCCUGGAGUGAGACAACUGGGAGCAUCCAGCUGCCUUCUGGGGGCAGUAGCUAGAGGAAUGACAUCGUGGUAGCUCUUUAAAAUUAGGAUAUGCCUUAAAGCAAGCAAACAAAGAAGAGUCAGUUUGUAUAUUAUCCAUCCUCUCGGUUAAUGUCUAGCACACGCUUGGCAGCCUUCAGGAAACCCUGUGUGUGUGUUUUUACUACCUGUUGUACCUAGAAAGCACAAGGAGGACCAAAAUGUGGAGCAAAAAAAAAAGAGUAUGCCUGCAUCUGGCUAGGCAAAGCAUUCAGCUUCACAGAUAAUCUGUGCCCAUGGAUGCAAGACCUGCCAGCUGGUGCCAGGCUUAGGUGGAAGUCAGCUGGGUUUCAGCACAGUGCUGGCCUGUGUAAAUAGAAGAAUCCUUUCCAAUCCUUCCAGCUUUCUUAAUUAUUCACACCUUUUUCAUAUCAUUAUUAUUAUUAAAAGGAAAAAUAAUUAUGCUUUAUCAAGAUUAAGAACAAUUUGAAAUGCAUGAAAAUAUCUUUUCAGAGCCCCUGAGGUUAGUAAAUUAAUGGAAUGUGUGGAAGGUAAGAGGGAAAGCAACGUUUUGUUCAGGUUCUUUUUGUCCUGCUUUCAGUUAAAGAUUCCUGCUAAGGUUUUUAUCCAUUUCUGGUAGAACUGUUAGUUCAAAGUAAGUCAUAUAUGGAAGUAUUUUUCACUCAAUUACUUUGCAUGCUACUUUUAACCAGAUUGUAGAAAAAUAAAGCAUAGCAAGUAGUCCUUUUGUGUGUGUGUGUGUGUGUCCAUAUUGUUGUCAACUAUGUUUCAGUCUUUUAUAAACUGAAAAACAAACCCACCCCAAAUAUUUCAGGUUAAGGCAAGAUAAUCUGAGCUGUUCUGUUCUGAUUAAAGUUUACUGUAAGGUUAAAUAAACUGUUUUGUC